AUGCCCGUCCCAGCUCUUGCCAUCCCGGCGGCAGCAGCAGGUCUCGCUUAUCUCAAUGGACGGUGGCGAGUAUCAGAAGAUGCGUACACCUUGAAAUGUCUCGCCACAUCCGCUAUCGCCUUCAAGCGACGGGAGAGGGCAGAUCGCCUGAACUCUUUCUAUUUGCUCGAGGAGCACGCCAACAAUCCUAAGCUCGCCGACAAGACCUUUAUCGUGUACUACAACCAGCAAUGGACCUUCAGGGAGACCUACGAUACUGUCCUCCGCUAUGCUGGAUGGCUUCACAGCACCCACAAGGUGACCAAGGGCGAGUUCGUUGCCAUUAACCUCAUGAACAGUCCUCAUUUCCUCUUCUGCACCCUCGCCGUCUGGUCUUUGGGCGCCGUCCCAGCCUUCAUCAAUUACAACCUCACCGGAGACGGUUUCACUCACAGCAUCAAAAUCUCCACCGCCCGCCUCCUCAUAACAGAGCCCGAAGUCGAGGCAACCACCCUCACCUCCACUACUCGCGAUGCCGUGCUUUCCCCGACUUUCCGCAACAAUGCCUUUCCGUUGGAAAUUACCAUUCUCACCCCUGAGCUCCUCAAAUCCCUCUCUUACUUUCCCCCACAUCGCGCCCCGGAUGCGGUCCGCUCAGGCAUCAUCGGUCGUGACCCACAAGUCCUGAUCUUCACCUCCGGCACCACCGGCCUACCCAAAGCCGCCAGCGUCACCUGGCAGCGCAACCAUGAGUCGUCCAAAUUUGUCGCGGUAUGGCUGGGCCUUCGUAAUGCGGCUUCUUCCAACCCCGACCGCUACUAUACCGCAAUGCCGCUUUAUCAUAGCUCCGCCUUCCAAGUAUGCUUCCACUCAAGUCUGAUCAGCGCCACCACCAUCGUCAUCGGACGCAAGUUUUCCGUAAGCGCCUUUUGGGACGAAAUUGUCCAAACCCGAGCCACCGUCAUCCAGUACGUGGGCGAAACCCUCCGCUAUCUUCUCGCAGCUCCUCCUCGGCCUGACGAUAGCACUCGGCAUAACGUUCGGCUUGCGUUCGGAAACGGCCUGCGUGCUGACGUCUGGACUCGUUUCCGCGUACGCUUCGGCAUCGAAACCAUCGCCGAGUUCUACGGUGCCACAGAAGGGACAGGCGGGACCACCAACUUCAGCCGCAAUAGCUUCGCUGCUGGCGCGAUUGGCAGUAAUGGCAAGCUCAUGAGUCUGCUGUCAGGCAGCAUGUUCGCCAUUGUGCAAGUGGACUGGGACACCGAGGCACCUUAUCGAGAUCCAAAGACUGGCCUGUGCGUCAAGGUCCCGGAAGGCACUCCGGGCGAGCUCCUGGCCAAACUGGACGAAAACGACAUCGGCGCCAAGUUCCAAGGAUACCACGGUAACCAGGAGGCUACCAAGAAGAAAGUGUUCCGCGAUGUUCUCAAGAAGGGCGACGCCUGGUUCCGGACGGGAGACGCCGUGAUUCGCGAUACCGAGGGCCGUCUCUGGUUCAGCGAUCGCCUAGGCGACACGUUCCGCUGGAAGGCAGAGAACGUGUCGACGGCGCAGGUGGGAGAAGUGCUAGGUCACCAUCCCAAGGUCCUGGAGGCGAACGUCUACGGCGUCAGUGUCCCCGCGCACGACGGACGCGCGGGCUGCGCGGCAGUGAUGUUGCGGCCGGGUUGCAUAGAUGGAGACGGCGAGCUGAAGGACGAGGUCCGCGAGAGUUUGGCCACGUGGUGCAAGAACAGCCUGCCGCGGUACGCGGCCCCGGUCUUUCUACGUGUCGUCAAGGACAUGGCCACCACGGGCACGAACAAGCAGCAAAAGCCAAAGUUACGCGCCGAGGGCGUUGAGCCCGCGAAGAUGGGCGGCGAUAAGGUGUAUUGGCUACGGCCUGGCAGUUCGACGUAUGAGCUCUUUGGAGAGGCGGGAUGGGCCCAGUUAGGAGCUGGGAAUGUCAAGUUGUAG